CCUUCAUAUAGUCAUUAAUUGUCAAGUAAAUCUAUAUCUACCUGUUAAAUUUUUUGCUCUUUUAGUUCAACUUUCUUUCAUUUUCUCUUCAAGACCCUUCUGAUAAUCUAUAAAAUAAGCAUUGAAACGGAACUUCAUUCAGCUCCUGAUCAAAGAUGGAUCUACAAAUCUCAGUUUUUCUUCUGUUCGUUCUUUUCACUGCAGGACACUCUCUCAGCUGUUAUCAGUGCACAAGUCUGUCGAGCUCUUGUGCACAGACGACAUGCUCCAAUGGAGUUACCAGUUGCAUCAGUGCAUCAUUAUAUUUUGGUAACGGUUCUAUAAUAACAGCUAAAAGUUGUGCUUUACCAAUUGGCUGUCCAAGUGGAUCCAUCAACCUUGGCAUUGGAAAGAUUGCUUCUACCUGCUGUAACACGGAUCUCUGUAACUCCCUAGCCGCUCCAGAUCCCGCUAUUGUCCCCAAUGGAAAUAAAUGUUACUAUUGUGAUGGACAGAGCUGCACAAGCACAGUGAACUGCUCAGGGAGUGAAGACCGCUGCUUUAAGGCAACAGGGAAAUUCCAAAGCCAGCCAAUAGAUGUAAAAGGCUGUGUCUCAAAAUCCAUUUGUGAUAUUGUCUCAGUAUUUGAUACAUUUGUUGGUGGUGUGUCAUGUUGCUCGGGGAACCUGUGUAACAGUGUUCAGAGCGUCACUCAGAGCUUCCUGUUCCUCUGUUGUUCUCUGCUCUACUUCAUCCUGUUGCACUGAAUCCAGCAGCGCUACACAUUCUGCAGCUGCAGCAAAGAUACAUGAUGUGCUUUACAAACAUAUAGUUGUAUUAUCUCUGUACUGUCUUUGAUUUGGUGUGAUGAAUUUAAAAAGAUAUACUACAGGUAAUUAAAAUAUAUUUAUGGUCUACAUAAAUCAGAUCUCUGUACCACAGAAAGACCUUUGCAGCUUUAUGAAUUUUGCUAUAUUGGGGAAGUGUUUAAUGUGUAUUUAUGCUUUUGAGUUGAAGGGUAAAGGUGAUAAAUCUGUAACUCAAUGUUAUAUGAGGGUCUGCUGGUGCACAAUGUCUUAACCAUGCAACGCAGACUUUCUCAUUGUGCUCGACACCCAUAUUUUUGUAUGCUUAAAAUAAAACUACUGUUUUAAUUUCAUCAUCAUAUACCUCAUUCCUCCUACACUGCAAAAUAAAAUUCCAGCAGGACACAAUGAAACACUAA